CUAAUAUAUAUCUCUGUCGACCGAUCAUUCUUCCCAUUUAUCCCAUUCUUAUAUACAGUACGAGACACCCAAGGGUAACAGAAACCCGAAAUUCCGGCCGGUCCGAGACACCACCGAAACGCCAUGGUUUGCUUCUGUUUCCUCGUUGAUCAAGAGCGGCAAGUGCGGCGGAGCAAGCCGGCGGCAGGGAUAUGUUCGCGGUGCGGCGGCGGGGCAAGCGUGGCCGACAUGAAGACGGCUACAAGGUUUUGUCACGUGCCAUUGUAUUGGAAAUAUUGGAAAGCAAUUAUAUGCACAUUUUGUGGAGCAACUCUUCGAACAUACCCAUAAAUCAAUGUCGAUUUUGUUUCUGUUUCUGGGUAAGAAUUAGUUUUGUAUCAAAUAAGGGUUCGUAGUAGUAGUAUAUGAUUGAUGAAGGGUUAAAGGUUUAAGCUAGCUAGGUGGAGGGAUAUAUGGCCGGGGCAAGAAUUAUUUCCGGCCAAGUUAUUAUUAUUCUUAGUCGAAUGAAUAUGAAGAUGUAGUAAUGGUUUUUGGAUUGGGAGGGUUCAGAUUGAAUUUCAAGUACUGUUCCAUGAGAAGCAAAUUCAAUCUCAACCCUUAAAAAACUACAGUUGUAGAAUAUUUCUUUUUAGCAGCUAAUCAAUCCAAAACCAUAUUUUUCUUAUGGGAAA